AUGAACUCUACCAAAGCUGAUUUUUCGUCAUUGAAAUUUCCGGAUUUAUUGAAUGACAGUUCUAUGUUCUUACUUGCACUAAUAAUGUUCUGUUACAUACUUGAAUUCCCAAUAUUCAAGUACAUUUGCAAAAUUAAUGAAGAACAAGAUCAGAAGGACAUUCUCUAUCCAGUUGUAAAACGACUUUUUGCAAUGGUCAGAAUAUUUUAUUAUCUUGUCAUACCAUUAAUUGCCAGUGUAAUUUUAACAAAUAAUCGGUUUUUCAUAUUUAAAUACCUAACUUUUUCAAUAUGCUAUUUUUUAUUCAUUAUCAGCCAAACAUUCAACAUCGUAGUGUUUUUAGUUGCUGUUGAAAAAUGGUUGGGACAUUUUUUCCCAAUUUUUGGGCAGUAUGUCACGUCCGUUCGAAAAGGCUUGCUAAACAAAAUUUGGGUUUUGUAUAUUUUUCUGGUGUUUAAGGAAUUUGGCAUUUAUGUGGGGAUAGGGUGUACAGUCGAUAAAGAUAUGCAACCGUCUGCCUUGGGUUAUAUUCAAGCAAUUAUUUUAUUUUGUAUGGCAAUGAGUUCAGUGUUAUCUUCAUUGUUGCAUCUUUCGAUCUUGAAUAAAAUUCGAAAGCUUGCGUAUUUGGAGUCGACUCAACUGAAUAACCUCUACAUAUACAUAUUUUGGUUAAUAACUACAGUAGUGAUGUUUAAAGUUAUCUACAUACCACUCAUCACUGUGAUCUUUCUAAUAUUUCUCUCAGAAUUCCCACUAUAUGCUUUAAUAGCUAUUACUGGUGGUGUCGAUAGUCUUACGACUCCGUUUAUCAUUGAAACUGUGUAUAUUGUUUGUAACAUUGACAAAAUUUACACUGUGGACGGCGGAAAAAUUGCAGAAGUUUUGAGACUUUAUUUUCAAUGA